AUGACCACAGCAUCUGCUUCUUGUUUGCGCCGCCUUCCAGCCGGCCCCAAAAAAAGCAGUGGUUGUGGUAAUUUCCCUCGUGCCCAGCUCAACGAAAAUGACCACAACGGCUGCUUUCUUUCUGCUGGCUGGAAGGCGGCAACAAAAAAAAAACAGUGGCUGUGGUCGUUUUCGCGUCCCGUAAGGGUUGGCGGCACGACGCGUUUCACCCAAUUCGAUGCCAGCGCACCUGCGGUGCACAUGGCUCUCUUUUUCUGCCUUUCUCUCUCUCUCUCUGCUUUUCCCUGGCAUGAAAACACACAUUCCGUCAAUUGCUGA